CUGAUGCGCACCAUCAUCGUUCCAUCACCUUACGUCUAUGCCGCUGUCCGUUGGCCACGGUUGGAGACAACAAUGUUAGGAACAUGUGAUACUCAACUAAACAGUUGCAACUUUUGAAUUCUUUCAACGCACAAUAUUCUCAAACCCUUUCAGGGUCCAUAAAGACAUGUUUGGUAGUAGUGGAGUUAAGUUAAACCCAAAUUCAUUGUAGACCAAUGCCCCACAAUAAGUUUGAAUGAUAAGAAGCUACAGAAAACAACUUAACUGAUAGACUGGAAGCACCAGUUGCUAUAACAUAUCUAUAAAGCUGGGAGACAGCAGCAAGAUGCUGUCCUCUACAGACAUUGAUUCACUGACCAGUGUGAGGAGGAGUCUGGUCCCUCAGAUGUCUUAAUGAAGGCACUGCUCUGACGGAGACUGAGUCCUAAAAGGCGGACAAGUGCGACACUGUCUCCUCCUGCUUUUGGGUAGCCUUUAUAUUCUGUGUAGUAGGAUCUCCCCAUUGCCCCCUAAAGCCUCAAGAUGGGCCCAUUCUUAGACUUCAACCCUUUUGAUAACCUGCUGUGCAUUCUCUUGGGCAUCUCCUUCACUGUGUGGUUCACCCUACUGCUCGUCUUCAUCAUCGUGCCUGCCAUCUUUGGAGUGUCCUUUGGCAUUCGCCGGCUCUACAUGAAAACCUUACUGAAGAUCUUUGAGUGGGCCACGCAUAGAAUUGAAAGAGGAGCCAAGGAUAACAACCAUCUCUUGUACAAGCCCUACUCGAAUGCCAUCAUUGCCAAGGAGCCCACCUCCCUGGAGGAGGAGAUUAAUGAGAUCCGGCGCCGUGGCAGUAACCGGGACCUGGACUCCGCUUCUGAGUUUGAGAUGUCUGACAUCUUCUACUUCUGCCGGCGAGGAGUGGAGAGCAUCAUGGACGACGAGGUGACCAAGAGGUUUUCUGCUGAGGAGCUGGAGUCAUGGAACCUGCUGACCCGUAGCAACUAUAACUUCCAGCACAUCAGCCUGAGGCUGACGGUCCUGUGGGGGCUGGGGGUGGUGAUCCGCUACGGCUUCCUGCUGCCUCUCAGGGUAACUCUUGCCUUCACCGGGGUGGGUCUUCUCGUCGUUCUCACCUCCAUCAUCGGGUUUCUUCCAAAUGGGAGGAUGAAGAACUUCCUCAGUGAGCAGGUGCAUCUGAUGUGUUACCGUAUCUGUGUUAGAGCGCUCACUGCCAUCAUCACCUACCACGACAGUGAAAACAAGCCCAAGAAUGGAGGGAUCUGUGUGGCCAACCACACCUCACCCAUCGACGUCAUCAUCUUGGCCAGUGAUGGCUGCUAUGCAAUGGUUGGGCAAAUCCAUGGUGGUUUGAUGGGCGUAAUCCAGAAGUCUAUGGUGAAAGCAUGUCCACACAUUUGGUUUGAACGCUCUGAAGUCAAAGACCGACAUCUUGUGGCCAAAAGAUUGAGUGAUCAUGUAGAAGACACAACUAAACUUCCUAUUCUCAUUUUCCCCGAAGGCACCUGCAUCAACAACACUUCAGUAAUGAUGUUUAAAAAAGGCAGCUUUGAGAUUGGCUCCACAGUCUACCCUGUGGCCAUCAAGUACGACCCCCGCUUUGGAGAUGCCUUCUGGAACAGCAGCCAGUUUGGGAUGGUCAACUACCUGCUGAGGAUGAUGAGCAGCUGGGCCAUUGUGUGCAGUGUGUGGUACCUGCCACCCAUGACCAGAGAGGAAGGAGAGGAUGCAGUCCAGUUUGCCAGUCGGGUCAAAGCAGCUAUCGCCAGGCAAGGAGGGCUGGUGGACUUGCUAUGGGAUGGCGGUUUAAAGCGAGGGAAAGUAAAAGAUACAUUCAAAGAGGAGCAACAAAAGUUAUACAGCAAAAUGCUAGUGGGAACCCAAGAGGACCGCAGUCGUUCUUGAAGUGAAACGUACAGAGUAUGAGAUGAUCAGAGACCCACUUGUGGACAACAGAGUGGACAGUCUUCUGCAUCCUUAAGGAUUUUUUUGACCUGGAAUACUCCAACCCUCAUGUCAGGAAUUCUUCACUUGGCUUCCUCGGUCAGUGCCUCAGCUUGGCAUAUUAAGUUCUUAUUGCUGUUACAGCCCAUUCUGGUCACUGUCCUCUGAUUCUAAUGAUUUGACAAUGGACUGGCCACUACUGCACCAGCCUGUCAUGAUGCUGUGCACUAAGAGUUCUCUCACCAUCAGGGAAGAUAACACACUCUAUUUUGAGUGACUAAUAUAUUUAUGACCUUCGUUGAGUUAAUGUAUAUGUUUUGUUUUUAUCCGGUCUCUCUGUUUAUUGUUAAUAGUAUUAUGACAGUUAUCAUAAUUGUUCUUUAAGUUACAAGUGAUCUGCCAGGGGACGUAGCAGUGCAGCAUAGAGAAUUAUUGGAGAGAUUGUACUGAAGGGGAAAUCUGUGACCAUGUUGUUCCCAACAGACUGAGAUGGCAAGGUACCACGUGAAUGUUUCUAAUACUUUUUUAAUUUGUUUUUUUUCAACGAAAACCUUUUUUAUUUUAAGCAUUGUAUUCACGUGUAAAAUAUAGGAGUUAUGUUAAAGUGGAGCUUGGGUUUUGUGUUUUGUUUCUGUUCUUGUGUCCAUGGAAUGUGGAAGACUGUUCACAUUAUGAUGUGGAGAAUAUACAUUCUCAGUGACUGAGGGUUGUUGAAGUGUAGUAGAUACCCCACCUUCGUCUCAUCUAAACUAGCCUAUGUAAUCUAAACACUCACAUCUGCCUCCCAUCCUAAUUGACCAUGAAGCUUAUUUCUGAGCUGUCUGCCACCUCACGAUAGAUGUGGUUUAAGCAGCAUUCGGUGCUUUUACUUACUUACAGUGGCUUGCAAAAGUAUUCACCCCCUUGGCAUUUUUCCUAUUUUUGAAUUUCCAAACUGGAAUUGAAAAAAGGGGGGGGGUUGUUUCAUUUCAUUUACCCAGCAUGCCUUCCCCUUUGAAGAUGCAUAUUUUUGUGUGAAACAAAUAAAAACUGAGAACUUGGGCAUGCAUUCACCCCCCCCCCCCCCCCCCCCCCCCCCCCCCAAAGUCAAUUAUUUGUAGAGCCACCUUUUGCCGCAAUUACAGCUGCAGGUCUCUUGGGGUAUGUAUCUAUAAGCUUGCCACAUCUAGCCACUGGGAUUUUUGCCCAUUCUUCAAGGCAAAACUGCUCCAGCUCCUUCAAGUUGGAUGGGUUCCACUGGUGUACAGCAAUCUUUAAGUCAUGCCACAAAUUCUCAAUUGGAUUGAGGUCUGGGCUUUGACUAAGCCAUUCCAAGACAUUUAAAUGUUCCCCUUAAACCACUCAAGUGUUUCUUUUAACAGUAUGCUUCGGGUCAUUGUCCUGCUGGAAGGUGAACCGCCGUCCCAGUCUCAAAUCUCUGGAAGACAAACGGGUUUCCCUCAAGAAUUUCCCUGUAUUUAGCGCCAUCCAUUCCUUCAAUUCUGACCAGUUUCCCAGUCCCUGCCAAUGGAAAAACACCACAGCAUGAUGCUGCCACCACCAUGCUUCACUGCGGGGAUGGUGUUCUCGGGGUGAUGAGAGGUGUUGGGUUUGCGCCAGACAGUGCUUUCCUUGAUGGCCGAAAAGCUCAAUUUUAGUCUCAUCUAACUAGAGUACCUUCUUCCAUAUGUUUGGGGAGUCUCCCACAUGCCUUUUGGACAACAAACGUGUUUGCUUAUUUUUUUAUUUCAGCAAUGGCGUUUUUCUGUCCACUCUUCCGUAAAGCCCAGCUCUGUGGAGUAUACAGCUUAAAGUAGUCCUAUGGAUAGAUACUCCAAUCGCCGCUGUGGAGCUUUGCAGCUCCUUCAGGGUCAUCUUUGGUCUCUUUGUUGACUCUCUAAUUAAUGCCCUGCUUGCCUGGUCUGUGAAAUUUGGUGGGUGGCCCUCUCUUGGCAGGUUUGUUGUGGUGCCACAUUUUUUAUUGGUCCCCCGUGGGGAUGUUCAAAGUUUCAGAUAUUUUUCAUAACCCAACCCUGAUCUGUACAUCUCCACAACUUUGUCCUUGACCUGUUUGGAGAGCUCAUUGGUCUUCAUAUUGCCCCUUGCUUGGUGGUGCCCCUUAGUGGUGUUGCAGACUCGCCUUUCAGAAAAUGUGUGUGUAUAUAUACUGAGAUCAUGUGACACUUAGAUUGCACACUAUUUAACCAAUUAUCUAACUUCUGAAGGUAAUUGGUUGCACCAGAUCUUAUUUAGGGGCUUCAUAGCAAAGGGGGUGAAUACAUAUGCACAUACCACUUUUCAGUAAAAAAAAAAUUGAAACAAGUAGGUUUUUUCACUUCACCAAUUUGGGCUAUUUUGUAUAUGUACAUUACGUGAAAUCCAAUUUAAAUUACUGUUUGUAAUGCAACAAAAUAGGAUAAGUGCCAAGGGGGGUGAAUACUUUUGCAAGGCACUUUAGGUAUAACAUGGUUUUAAUGUGAUAUACUGGGCCACGGAUGUUCAAAAUGCCUUGUUCCCUUGCUGCUGAAUCUAUUAAUAUUUCUAUGAAAGCUUCUCAUCUACUGUGGGAAUCCUCUUGCCAAAUUCACUUCAGAAAGUGACAGCUGUUAGCUGUCAUGUUUUUUUAAUCAACUAUCUUCCCAUAGCUUGGCAGCUUAUUUGAAGGGGCCUUACAGAGAGGGAGUGCAGAUGCAGAGUUAGUCUUACGCCCUGCUAGGCUGCAAAGCAAGCCUAGUGGAAAUCCUUGGCCCUCGACUUCCUCAAACUCCUGUUUUGGUUCUUUCAUCCCAGUACUGUACCAGGGGUAUAAACGUUCCAGUGUUGACCAAUAAAAAUCCCUGGAUGAAGACA